UUAAUUAAUGAUCCAAUUUUUAUAAAUAAUGUCCCUGUAGAGAUUUAAUUUAAUUUCUCCUCUCUCUCGCUACCCUUAUUAAGAGCGGAAUCUGUGCAUCUGUUCUUCGUCUUUGAUGAGAAGUAGUUGCUAUUAUUUCUGGUAAUUUAUGGAUCUGUAAUCACUCCCUAUCUAAAGAAAUUCACUCCCUCUAAACCUGCAAUCUCUUGGAUUGUUUUGGCCUCUUCUGUGAAUUGAAUUCAGUCCCUUUUGUUCCCAUCAAUGAACCCUGCUUCUCUAAUCUCUUUCAAAUUUCUGGCAGCCCAAAUAGCUUAUUUUUUCUGGGCCUGGCUUCAACAGAAAACACAACUUGAUCUGGUCAAAUAUUGCUCUUUCGGUGCUUCAGCGAAGAUUUGAAGCUUUACUUUUUAUUGAUUUUGCGUUCAGUACGAACAAAUAUAAUUCUUUUUUUUUUCUUAUUAUAGAUCUCCUUCUUACAUAGAUCUGCUCUUUAUGAAAUAUAUGUCCUUUUUGUAGCUUUUCCAAGUAUUUUUCUGAAUAUAAAAUAGAAAGGACGGAGCCCAGAUUCUUAUCCCUUUUAUCAAUCCAGCGCUUCUUCAUCAACACCCAAAAGGGUCAUUGAAAAAAGAUAGUAGAAAGCUUUCCGUUCCGUUUGUGUGCUUCUUUCUUUCUUUCUUUUUUUGUGUGGUGUAAGGCAAAUCUUGAUAUUUGGGCUAUAGAAUUCAAAAGGGUUAUUAGGUGAAUCUGGUCGAUUAAUCUCACCAUUGGGUCUGUGAAUUCCGAAAAGGUUCUCUUCAAGAUCUUCACCCCAUCAGUUCUUACGGAUCCGUCUUCUGAAAAUAGUGGGUCUGAUUCUCUGGCUGGUCUGGAGUGCAUAUUAAAUAUUAUCAGGGCCCUCAGGAUGGGGUCCUGCUUGUCUGCAGAAAGCAGGAGCCCUCGCCCUGGUACGCCUUCCUCUCCUGGCUUCGGGGUUAGGAAGAGGAAGAACUCCAAAAAGCGUCCAGGGUCUCGGAAUUCUUCGUUUGACUAUAGGAGGGAAGAGCCACUGCAUAGGAUUCCUGGAAGGCUGUUCUUGAAUGGGUCUAGUGAUAUCGCUUCAUUGUUUACCCAGCAAGGCAAGAAAGGAACCAAUCAGGAUGCCAUGAUUGUUUGGGAGAAUUUUGGCUCUAGGAGAGAUGCAGUUUUCUGUGGUGUUUUUGAUGGCCAUGGACCUUAUGGUCAUAUGGUUGCUAAAAGAGUGAGGGAUUCUCUCCCCCUGAAACUGACUGCUCAUUGGGAAGUGAAUGUAGCCAGUGAAGAUGUUCUCAGAGAGAUCAGCCUUAAUACCACAGGGAGCAUGAACUCGGAAGAUACUUCCUUUAUAUCUGCUGAUGACGAAUCUAGGGCCUCUGUUGAUCUUGAAGAUGCCGAGAAGCACCCAGAGAUUUUCCAGACACUGAAAGAGUCAUUUCUGAAGGCUUUCAAAAUCAUGGACCGGGAACUGAGGGUGCAUACUAAUAUUGAUUGCUUCUGCAGUGGGACAACAGCAGUUACUUUAGUCAAGCAGGGUCAAUAUCUUGUCCUUGGAAAUGUUGGGGACUCUAGAGCUGUAUUGGGUACAAGGGACAAAGAUGAUUCUCUUGUUGCUGUUCAGUUGACUGUGGAUCUCAAACCAAAUCUUCCAGUGGAAGCAGAAAGAAUCAGGAAGUGUAGAGGACGGGUUUUUGCUCUUCAGGAUGAACCUGAGGUAUCUAGAGUCUGGCUACCGAAUAAUGACUCUCCUGGCCUGGCCAUGGCACGGGCUUUUGGAGAUUUUUGCCUUAAGGAUUUUGGUCUCAUCUCUGUGCCUGAUAUUUCUUACCGGUGCUUGACUGAGAAGGAUGAAUUUAUAGUGUUGGCUACAGAUGGGAUUUGGGAUGUGCUCUCAAAUAAAGAGGUGGUGGACAUUGUUGGAUCAGUCCCAUCACGUUCCUCUGCUGCGAAAACACUGGUUGAGUUGGCAGUUCGAGCCUGGAGAUACAAGUACCCAACCUCCAAAAUUGAUGACUGUGCCGUAGUUUGCCUCUUCCUCAACUCCAAUGAUAUAUCUACCGCUUCUAAUACCAAGUCAAAUGAACAGCUUACAUCAGUGGACCAAGUUGACAGUGGCAGGCAGAAAGAGGAUGAUCUCUCAAGUCCAACCGGUCUUGACCGUGCAGGUACUGUGCGGACUGAGAAAGAGGCCCUCUUAGGAGGAAAUGCAGAGGAAGAUUCCACAAAGCAAGAUGAAAUGCAAUUAGAAUAUGGAAUAGAGUGGUCUGCUCUUGAAGGAGUGUCUCGUGUCAAUACUCUGUUGAAUCUACCGAGGUUUGUGCCAGGAAAGGAAGAGAAGAAGGCUGCAGGAGAGGCAAAGACUCGAAAAUGAUGGAAGGAAGGAGGUAUUCUUAAUCUUGGAUUUCUUAAUUAAUUUCUCUUCAUUUUUCUUCCUUGUUUCUGUUUUUGUUUACAUUUCUACAGAAGGGGAAAAGAUUUUAGGGCCAUAAAAUGUUGAAAUUGGACCGGAGAGGUGGCCCUGGCUAUAUUAGCAUGUCUGGGAAAUUGUCCUCUCUCUAGUCGUGGGUAGAAUUGGAAUUUUGUGUAAAAUCCAACUCUCCUUGUAUUUGUCAAUUUCCUUUUCUUUUUUUUUUCUCUCCUUUAAAUUGUGUGAUCUGUUGGAGUUUGUCCAUGCUGAUGAUAAUAAUCUUGUGAUGAUGAAGCCUCCUCCUUUCGAGGUUAGAACUUAAUAUA